AUGAUUCAAGUUGAAAGGAGCAAGACGAAAGGGAGAUUGCCACCGCCUGUACACCCAGUCAUGGACCUAGACAAUGGAAUCGUUGGUUGGGAGAGCCAGCAUGAUCCUCAACAUCCCCUCAACUUUUCUCAGUCCCGAAAAUGGUUCAUCACCGGCCUCCUCUCCGCCAUCACCUUCAUGACACCCUUUGCAUCUUCCAUCUUGGCACCGACAAUCUCAUACGUUGCGGAUACAUACCACGAGACUGACCUAACUAAGAGUUCCAUGCCUGUUAGCAUCUUUCUGUUGGGUUAUGCUGUUGGUCCCCUUUUCCUCUCGCCCUUAUCCGAGAUCUACGGCCGACAUAUUAUCAUCACCGGUGCGAAUGCCUUCUUUUGCGCUUGGCUUAUUGGAUGUGCCCUCGCCCCAUCUCUCGACACUCUUAUCUUCUUCCGCUUCAUGUGUGGUCUUGGCGGUUCUGCUUCUCAGACUGUUGGAGGUGCCAUAGUCGCCGACCUUUUUCCUGUCAGUGAACGAGGCAAGGCCAUGACCCUCUGGAUGAUCGGAACCAUGAUCGGACCUUCGACUGCACCAGUUAUUGGCGGCUUCGUCGCUGAAACUAUUGGAUGGCGUUGGGUCAACUGGAUCACUUUUAUUCCUGCCACCAUCAUCGUCGUCGCCAUUGCCAUCCUGAGCUGCGAGACCAACCACCAAGUACUCAUCCGACGAAAGACAAGACGUCUUCGAAAGGAGCUCAACCGUCCAGAGCUACGCAGCUGCUACAUCGAUCCGUCCGCCCCUGUCCUAACUCGUCGUCGAAUCCUCCUCAACGGCCUCACACGACCCAUCCGUCUACUCUUUAGUUCCCCCAUCGUGUUUGGCGUGUCGCUCUACAUCGCCUUCUCAUACGGAUGUCUCUACCUCCUCUUUAAUACUAUCCCCAUGGUAUUCCAGGGCAGCUACAACUGGUCCAUCGGCAUAACAGGCAUCGUCUACCUCUCCCUUCUCAUUGGCUAUAUGGUCGGGCUGUCCGUCUUCUCAGCCUUGUCCGACAAGACGGUCGUCCGCAUGACAAAGGCCAACAACGGCGUCUACGAGCCCGAGAUGCGCCUCCCGGACUGCAUCUACUUUGCCUUUAUCUUCCCCAUAACCUUCUUCUGGUACGGCUGGUCCGCCGACAAGGCAGUUCACUGGAUCGUCCCCGUUAUUGGUCUUGUGCCGUUUGGCAUCGGCAUCGUGGGGACGUGGAUGCCCAUCCAGGCGUACCUGAUCGAUGCCUACGCCCAUUAUGCCGCCAGUGCUCUCGCCGCGUUUUCAGUCAUGCGCAGUGUCGUCGCUGCAUUUCUACCCCUCGCCGGACCAGAGAUGUUUACAUCUCUCGGCGUCGGCUGGGGUAACUCGCUGUUGGGUUUCAUCGCCAUUGCGUUGAUCCCCAUCCCCACGAUUGUGUACAAGUAUGGAGGCAGGAUACGGAAGAGGGAGAACUUUAAGUGGUAA